AUGUUUAUCAAUGACGAUGGUCUUCAACUGAUCUCCAAGGAAGACCACCAGGAACGAAUUGAGUUCUAUGCAGACCACAGCAUCGGUUGGGUUGCCCGCCCUAGACACGGCGAAAACGGCUUCCAGCGCCGUAGCAAGUUCAAGAAGGCACCCAACAUGAACUUUACCCUCAUGAUUUCGUGCAAGAUGGAAGAAAAGCUUAGCCAAAUCCAGAAAUCCCCGGAAUGGUCCCAGAAUGACGAAGCUCAAGCCUAUAAGCGCGCCCUCCAAGAGGUUCUCGCGGAAGAUGGCCGUGCCUGGACUGACGGCAAUAUUCGGAUGGGCGACUACAUUCUCUUGAUUGACUCGGAUACCCGUGUACCGGCCGACUGUUUGCUUGAUACUGUCUCGGAGAUGGAGCAGUCCCCCGACGUUAGUAUCAUGCAGUUGUUGGAACAGUUCUCAUCGGGUAUUAUGCAGGUUGUCCACACGUAUUUCGAGAACGGUAUCACCUUCACCAAUCUGAUUUACAGCGCUAUUCGGUAUACCGUCUCCAACAGCGAUGUUGCUCCCUUCGUUGGUUACAACGCCAUUCUUCGUUGGUCUGCCAUCCAGCAAGUCUCGUACGAGGAUGAAGAUGGCUACGAGAAGUUCUGGUCCGAGAGUCACGUGUCGGAGGAUUUCGACAUGGCUCUACGACUGCAGUGUAACGAUUACAUUAUCCGUCUUGCCGCGUGA